GACAAGACGACGUUGUGCUUGCGUCGUGCUGCCGCUCGCGCCAUACGCUUUUUCGCUUGACCACUUUCCCGUCUUACACUGUCAUUAACAUUGACUCCAUCUCGAAGGGCUUGGGAGGUCGAAAAGCAAUGCUUUGGCUCGCAUUAGACUCUGGUCUCAGCACUGCAUGCGCGUGACGACGCAUCCCUCGGAUUUUCCCCACUUGUUUGGAGCACCAGCGUAUCCGGCUGCGGCCUUUACCACCCUACUGCACUUUAUUCUUUUCCCAGCCCGGUCGAGGAGGUAAUCUAGGCGGUGGACUGCUGCCUCCACACUCUCGCCCAUCAUGCCAGGCAUUCUCCCAAUGAAGGUGAUCAAGGUUGGCUUGAACGCGCAGACGAGGAUAGCACAAGCUUGCGACAGAUGUCGAAGCAAGAAGAUCCGCUGCGAUGGUAUCCGGCCGUGCUGCUCGCAGUGCGCCAACGUUGGAUUCGAGUGCAAGACGAGCGACAAGCUGAGUAGGAGAGCGUUUCCGCGAGGAUAUACGGAGUCAUUGGAAGAGAGAGUGCGUGGUUUGGAGCAGGAAGUCAGGGAGCUGAAGGAUCUACUGGACGAGAAGGAUGAGAAGAUUGAUAUGCUGUCGCGGCUGCACUCGCAGUCGUCACAUCAGUUGCAGCUGCCGUCACCGCAAAGACCGCAGUCAGCAACGACGGAAGCAACUCCGGUCGCGAAGAUCGAUUCGCCACCCAAGGACGAUAUUUUCCAGGUCCAACAAUCACCUUACCUAUUGGACGAUGAGCGAUCGGAUUCAUACUUUGCUGGGACUUCCAGCGGGAGGACUUUCAUCGAAGCGUUCAAACAUCGCGUCCAGGAAACCGGCCGCUCGACACACGACAUUGACGUGUCGCUGUUACUGGCGAGCAGCGUGCCCAAGACUUCAGACGUCAACUCUCCUGCAUCGACAGUCAGCUUCAAGGCACCCGCUCGCAUGGUAUCGGAUCAAAUGAUCAACAUCUUCUUCCAAGAAUGGGCGCCACUAUUUCCUGUGCUACACCGACCCACAUUCUUGACACUGUACGGACGUUAUGUCGCAGAUCCAGAUGAUGUGACCGACAAGGCUGAGAUCGCUCAGCUCAAUCUAGUGUUUGGCAUUGCUGCGCUGUCAACGGGCACUCGGUCGUCACCGGAUCUGGACAACUUCGAAGCGCAAUGGAAAGCUGCUCUCGACGGGAUCAUCCAAGACAAUACGAUGGCCACAUUACAGGCCUUGAUUCUUGCACAAUUAUACUGCGUACAGAAAGGAGACCUGACUCGCGUACUAACAUACAAAGGUCUCUCGACUGUGUUGUGUGCUCGACUUGGUCUACACCAGUCUCAGAAGCGAUUCGCUCUAGGCACGUUGACCUGCGAGACGAGGAAGAAGGUGUUUUGGACACUGUACACCAUCGACAGUUUCACUGCCGUGCUUCUCGGACUGCCGAAACAACUGAAGGACGACGAUGCUCACUGUGAGAUGCCCGUGGACGCCGAUGAUGAAUACGUUACCGAACGUGGCUUCCAACCAACUUUACCUGGAGAGUCCACCAAGGUUUCAAGCGCUUUGGCACUCUUCCAAGCUUCGCGAAUUCUCUCCAAAGUUCUCGAGGAGGUCUUUCCCGCAAAGACUUCGUACGAACUCUCAUUGAAGAAACUCUCCGAGCUGUCGGAUGAGCUGGAGAACUGGAGCGCACAGCUCCCACAGCAUCUCCGCCUUCAAUUUGCCCAAGAUAAGCCCAGCACGGGCACGAUUAGCAGUCGCUCACCACUGUUGUCGUUGACCUACCACUACAUCCGGUCAUUGAUCCAGCGCCCGGUCAUCGGCGCUUCGCUUGGUGCACGAUCUCAAUCGUCUAUGCUUACCAUGGCUAGCUCAUGCAAGCAUAUGAUCCAGAUUGUCCAGUUGCUGGAUGAGAGAGGUCUUGGCUUUUCCUUUUGCCUUAAUCGUGACGAGUUGUUGGUCAUCUCCGGAUUCGGACUUCUCUUCCAAGGACUGGGACUUGAAACGAAUUCGAAAAUCCUCAAAGACAACAGCAAGAUGCUGGCCGCUGUCAUUGGCGUAUUGAAGAAGACAUCUGCACCAUGCGCCACGGAAUUCGAGCGUGUCGCCAACUCCUUUGUACCAGCUACCAACAGUAGCAAAUCGAAAUCCCCUUCCCUCUCGCGACACAACUCGGACGGCCAACUCUCUACCAACAGCUCUGGGUCGCAAAGCUCCACGCGAAAGCAACUCAAAGCUAUUGCAUCUCGGUUCACAUCGAAUAGUCCCAACAAGAACUCGAAGCCCGUUGCAACGGACAGCAGGAGGGCCACUGUCCACCAAAUCAAUUUACAUCCCUACAGUCAGCAAACUAGCAGCAUGCCAUCACUGCAACCUCAGACUUCAUACAGUCCGACGUUAACAUCACGAUCCGAGCCAGCGCGAAGUCCUGUGAACUUGUACAGCCGGCCACAAUCCACAGCGAUCACGAACGCGCCUGUUCGACCUUCAGCACCUCCUCAACUGAAACCCAAGCCUAAUGCUGUCAAGAAGAAGCUUCCAAAUCUGGACUAUUUGUCCUUCGGCAACGAGCCUGAGACGACAACAACGCCGCCCAAUGUUCGCAGUACUCAGCCAGUCAAGACUGAGCCAGGCCCGACAGAUUGGGAAAAGCUUCUUGGAUCGCUCGACAACGGGGAUAUGAACAUUCACGACAGUGUGUACGGAGGCGCACCGCUCGAAGCGCUCAUGGACACGCCCAAUCUCAACUCAGCUUCCACCCCAGCUCUUGUCGGUGGAGAGACACCCAUCGCUUGGUCCCAAGAUCUGUGGGCUUUAUGUCAGACUGAUACAAAUACCACGAGUACCUCAAGUAACCCAGGAUUGACACCCGUCAAUAAUGCGCCGGCCAGUAUUCUGUCUUUCUCGAGUGCUGAUGAUGGCCUGAGUGGAAGCGAAGAUUUUGGCACGGGCAACAGCCCAAAUGAUGAUUGGACGCUUACCUCUGGCGAGACAUUUCGAGGAUUCGUGGUGCCGGCCGAUGACGCUUUUGGCAGCACAGAAUGGAUCAGUUUGUGAAACUCUUAUGGCCUGCAACUGUAAAAUAUGAUGACGGUGUGAAGAAGGAUGUCCUGGUGGGCUUGUUCGAAGCCGCUCUUGGAUGAAAUUUGACCAGUCCGGAGAAAAGAGAGUGCUGGGCUUUUCUUGGGUGGAACGUAUUCUUGCAUGAUUUGCUCUCUUGUUGACGAUGAUACCACUUGCUGCUAUGUUGAGCUAUGCUGUGAGCUGCCAAUGAAGUUUCUUCUGGAGCGAUAUGAUUAGAAUGGAAGCGAAAUGCAAAAUGUCCAUGUCACGAC